UGCUGAAAGCUCCGCACCGCUUUCCAUCUCUUCCUUCCGCACUGCGAUUCCGUUAGGAGACGGUCCUCUUUGGCGGACACGUACUAGCCCACCUGGACAGAGGUUUUCAUCAGGACACGGAAACGUGUUAAAAGGAGUCUCGUGCAAACGACAAAUGCACGAGACCCGAGGCCGGUGCCCCCAGACCCGACGGGGAGGGAGACAAGCAGAGCAGUGAUGGGACAGUUUUCGGGAGGAUGCUACCUGAGUUUUUUCAUCUUUGUGCUUCUUGGUUCGCAGGUGCCGACCACAUUAGCGAGAGGUUAUGAGGACUGCAUUAGCGCCACCACCGGGACUGGCAAACUGGAGAACAUAAUGGAAUCUAAAUUUAAUCCAUCCAAAAUCACAAGUCAACGAGGUGAAGCCCUCCAGCAUGGACAAUCUGGGACCCUGCCUCACUUCCUGGAGGAGCCUGUUGAUGCCUACAUUGUCAAAAGUAAUCCCAUCAAGCUCCGGUGUCAAGCUCGGCCUGCGCUCCAGAUCUUCUUCAAGUGCAAUGGUGAUUGGGUCCACCAGAGCCAGCACACGUCUCAAGAGCACACUGAUCUCACAACAGGGUUGAAGAUCCGUGAAGUGAUGAUCAACGUGUCGCGUCAGCAGGUGGAGGACUUUCAUGGCCCAGAGGACUACUGGUGUUUGUGUGUCGCCUGGAGUCACCUGGGAACUUCCAAGAGCCGCAAGGCAACAGUCCGGAUUGCCUACCUGCGGAAGAACUUUGAGCAGGACCCCCAAGGCACUGAGGUGCCUCUGAAUGGCAUGAUUGUGUUGCAUUGUCGUCCCCCAGAGGGAGUGCCUGUGGCUGAGGUGGAGUGGCUGAAAAAUGAGGAGCCCCUGAGCUUUGAUGAUGGUAAUGUCAUGGAGAAAAAAGGUGACCACAACCUCAUCAUCUCAGAGGCCCGGCUGUCUGACUCUGGAAACUACACCUGUGUUGCUAGCAACAUUGUGGCCAAGCGACGCAGUGCCACUGCUACUGUUAUUGUCUAUGUGAAUGGCGGCUGGUCAUCCUGGACAGACUGGUCUCCCUGUAACGUGCGCUGCGGUCGAGGUGUGCAAAAACGCUCUCGCACUUGCACAAAUCCGGCGCCUCUCAAUGGUGGAGCCUUCUGUGAGGGCAUGUCAGUACAGAAGAGUACUUGCAACACAGUGUGUCCAGUGGAUGGCGGCUGGGGAGAGUGGAGUGAGUGGUCAGCGUGUAGUUCGGACUGCGAGAGGCAGCGCAGCAGAGAGUGUACGGCUCCGGAGCCCAAGCAUGGGGGGCGACUGUGUGACGGGGUGGCAGUGGCUACAGAAAACUGCACAGGCGGCCUCUGUACACAGAAUCGGAAGUUGCUGCAUGAUGCCAAGCCACAAGGUGUGGAGAACAGCAGUGAUGUUGCCCUGUAUUCAGGCCUGGCUGCAGGGGUGGUGACAGUUGUAUUGCUCAUCGUCGCUGUCACUCUUUACCGAAGAAGCCAGAGUGAGUACGGUGUGGAUGUCAUUGACUCCUCCGCCCUCACCGGAGGCUUUCAGUCCUUCAGCUUCAAGACCUCUCGUCAAGCAAAUCCUCUGCUUAUUAAUUCAUCCAUGCAACCUGAUCUGACAGUGUCACGUACCUACACCAGCCCCAUGUGUUUUCAGGACUCCAUUGACAAGGAGCUAAUGGCUGAGCGCUCACUCCUUGACCCGUUGCCUGAUCUUAAGGUUAAAGGGGUGACGGAAAGGGCAGAGUACCACGUCAUGUCCCACCCUCAGACAUUUCCAAGGGGACUGGCUCCAGACUAUAGAGGGGUUGCAGUGGGGACAACACUGGGCAGAAGAGGCAAAAACCUUUUCAGUCCACACGUCUCUCUGACUCCCCGCCUGCCUCUCCACAGAGCAACUGCAGUGUUUGGCCAUGCUGGAGGCAGGCUUGUGGUACCCAACACAGGUAUUAGCCUGCUGGUGCCUCACGGGGGGAUUGCAGAAGACACUACCUGGGAGAUGUACAUGAGCAUCAACCAGGAGGACAGCAGUACUGUGUCUGAGGAUGGGCCAGAGAUCUUUUUGAGCCCUGCAGUGACUUACGGCCCACCAGGCCUUGACCUCUCCUAUCCAAUAGCCAUGACCAUAGCCCAUUGUGCAGAAGUUGCUGCUGAUAAUUGGACCAUCCGCCUAAAGAGACACAUCCAAGACAACAAGUGGGAGGAAGUGAUGUCUGUAGACGAGGAGAGCACCUCCUGUUACUGUCUGCUGGAGGCCCAGAAGUGCCAUGUGCUGUUGGAGCAUCCAGGUCGCUACGCUCUGGUGGGGGAGCCGCUGAAUCAGGAGGCAGGCAAGCGUCUGAGGCUGGCUGUGUUUGGUAGUCCGGAUGCCAGCAACUCUCUGGGCUUCACCCUCAGGGUUUACUGUGUGGACGACACACCCCAUGCAUUUCAGGAGGUGGCAGUGGGCGAGCGCAGCAGGGGCGGGCGGCUGCUGGAGGAGCCUAAAAUGAUGCUGUUUAAGGCGAACACGUUCAGCCUCCAGGUAUCCAUCCAGGAUGUCCCACAGUUACUCUGGAGCAUCAAGCCUUUCACCACCUGCCAGGAGUUCUCCUUUUCUCAGGUGUGGGCCAGUAACCAGCAUCCCCUGCAGUGUGCCUUCACUUUGGAGCGAUACAGCCACUCCUCGUCUCAGCUCUCCUGCAAGAUCAGCAUCCGACAGGUCACGGGCAAGGAGCAGAUACUACAGGUCUACACGUCUGUAGUGGAGAAUGAAAAGGGAGUGGUUCCCUUUUUCACGCAGUCGGACUGUACCAUCACCUCCCAGACAGGGUCAAGGGCCUUUAAAAUCCCCCUGUCCAUCCGUCAGCGGAUCAGCGCCACCUUUGACACCGCAAAUGCCAACGGGAAGGACUGGCAGCUCCUGGCUCAAAAGCUCCACAUAGACAGGAACUUGUGCUACUUUGCAUGUCAGGAGAGCCCGUCAUCAGUGAUUCUGACUCUAUGGGAAGCCCAGCACCAGGAUUCUGGGGACCUGGACUCUCUGGCCAGUGCCCUGGAAGAAAUCAGCAAGGUUCAUUCUCCUAAGGCAGUCACUCUCAGCUGCAGUAAAGAGGAACGGGACUCUGAAUUCACAAAACUGGCGUAGAGUGGCUGUACAUCAGAUGAAAAUGAACCUUUACUGCAUGAACACUUAUGUUCAGGUGUAGUAACUAACCUACAGUGAGGUGGAGGAGAUGCACGGAGGCCAGCAGGGCAACUUAAUUAUUGACUGUUACUAAAGGAACACCUCUGUUAAACCAAAUGAACCAUAGCGACAGAAGGAAAUCAGGAAAUGACCAAGAGAUGUGUUAAUAGGAGGCACCAACAAACUUUGGAAAGGCAUCUCAAAUUGACACACAAACACACACACAUUCAUUUUUCAUUGAGAAAUGUCAACUUCUGGUACUUCUGAAGACCAAUUUGAUACCCUGUGUUGAAGGAUUACAGAAGCCUGUGAAAAGAAGACAAAGUGUGUUUUAAGCAAACUGCCAAUCAGGUUGGUGCUGUGACCUCCCAGGAUUGGAUGUGCCGGUACUUGCCCUCAAACAGUCAUCUGGGCUGUCAAAAUGUUUAGUGUAAUGGCAUAUUUUCUUUAUGUCACUGACACCUCAUGCUUUUUUUUUCUUUUCUGCACAUAUUUCGGCUGAAGCUUUUUAAAAACACACAAAGAAAAAAUGAAUAUCAGCUCUUUAUUUUGUCAGAACAUCUUGUUCCACAGUGAUUGGUAUAUAAAAGGACCUGGAGUCCACAUGCUUAGGAGAUGGAGAUUUAUGAGAAAUUACUUAUCAAAUGCCUUUGAGAGUCAUUUUACACACUUUUUCAGCUCUACAGACAGAGCCCACUGUCAAAGCACCGACAGCAGAGGAGGGUAACUCACCCACCACUGAUCUGUGCCUCAUAUAGCAAUGCAGCCGGAGGUCCAUCCCUGAGUGUCUCUCUUCUUAAUUUGGAGGAAAAUUACGUUUUACUGUGAGAGACUUCAUAGCAGGCAGACAGUAGAGACAGAAGUGUGUUCAUGUACAAUGCCCAGAGGCUUAUUUUUUCUCUAUUUUUAAUUUUAAAAUAAUAAAUUCUAAAACAAAACAAAAAUAUAUAUGAUUUCUGGAGCAUGGAGAUGAUCAAAUACCAGGAAAUGGUUAUUCAGAGACACUUAGCCAUCUUUUACUCCCUCUACUCCUGUCUUAUCUUUCCAAGCAGAGGCAACAUCCACUUGAAAAAAAAGAAGAUAAAAAAAGAUAUGAUCAGGAAGAUCCCACAUUCGGUUGCUCCAGCUGCCCCUCAACUUAAUAAAGUGACUUUGUGUUGAACUCUGCGUUGGCACUCUCUUUUCAUGUGCUUAAUGAAUUGAAUUCUGAAAGGCCAGACAGCCCACAUGCUGCACAGUGGUAGAAAUCAGUCCAUGUUCAAAAACUUCAUUCAGAUAAGAGAUUAAGCAGAGUUUCAGAAAGGUGUAAAAUAUAUACAUAUGCACUAUUUGAGUUUGGACAGCAGAUCAUUGCCAUGUUGGUGUUGCGUCAUGCAGCUGUUUGAACUCCAUCUAAAGAGAAAUAUCUGGCAGUCUCUUGGUUUUAACCCAUCAAAUUUGCCUAAAUUAGUAACCCCCCUUGAAAGGCUCAAAUAUUUUUAAAUGCCUAAAACUCUUGAUGGAUUUAAAUUCUUAAUGAAGACUUUCUGCAGUGUUCGUCUGCUCAGUAAGACCCUGUGCUCCACGGCACUCCACAAAGUUUGACAUGGUUUAAACAUUUUAAAAAGCGGCAUGUUGAAAGAGCACUGCUUUCUUUCUUACUUUGAUGCAUACUUGAGCAUUUUGAGAAAUUCAGCCAUCACACAUAGUUUGCCAAGAAUGUUGAAAAUUUGUCACUAUAGCCAGUAGUCACUUAGCUUAGCAUUACAGCUGAAAAUGGAAAGAAA